AAUUUAAAUUAAAAACUAUAUCAAAAAAUUUCAUUAAUUGGCCAAAGAAUCUCCCCAUGCCAAUUCUGUCCCUGUCUCAUAUAUCCUAAUUUAAUUUCCCUAUUUAUCUAUCCUCGGAAAGGAUUCAGAUCUGUAUUUUUAUUUGGCUUCGCUGUCUGUUGCUGCAGAUUAAUUGGUAAUUAAUUAAUCGACAUGUUGGAGAAGAUGAAAAUGGAGGAAGAGUUCGAUCCAGAGGUAAUAAUAGAGGAAUUCGAGGCGCUGUCGAAGGACGCAGAGAGAGUUCAGAAGGAGACAUUGAAGAAGAUUCUUACAGAAAAUGGCGAAUCUGAGUAUUUGUUGGUACGAUGUGGUCUGGGAAGAAGAACUGAUCCAGAGAACUUCAAAGCUUGUGUUCCUCUCGUCACCCAUGCCGACUUGGAUCCGUACAUCCAACGCAUUGCCGAUUCCACAGAGCCAAUCUGUGUUCUUACAGGGAAACCCAUUACCACUAUCUCCUUAAGUUCAGGAACCACAGGGGGGAAGCCUAAAUUUGUCCCCUUCAACGAUGGGCUCAUGGAAAUCACAGUGCUCAUGUACAAGACUUCCUUUGCUUACAGGAACAGGGAAUAUCCCAUUGAAGAGGGAAAAGCUUUGCAAUUCAUAUACAGCAGCAUGCAAUUCAAAACCGCCGGCGGCCUCGCCGCCGGCACCUCCACCACCAACGUCUACCGCCACCCCCUCUUCAAACCCACCAUGCAAGCCCUGCACGCCCCCUGCUGCAGCCCCGACGCUGUCAUUUUCGGACCCGACUUCCGCCAAUCCUCGUACUGCCACCUCCUCCUCGCCCUCGUCUCCCGCUGCCAGAUCCAGCUCAUCGCCUCCACCUUCGCCUUCACCAUCGUCCACGCCUUCCGCUCCUUCGAAAUCGACUGGCAAAACCUCGUCGCCGACAUCCGCCACGGCCGCCUCCCAGCCGCCCGAAUUACGGCGCCGGGAAUUCGAGCCGCCGUCUCCGAGCUGCUCGGACCCAACCCCGAACUCGCCGAUGAAAUCCACCGCGCAUGCGCGGCGGCUGCUUCUAGAAACUGGUACGGAAUUAUUCCCGCCGUGUUUCCUAACGCCAAAUAUGUUUACGCGAUCAUGACGGGAUCCAUGGAGCCUUACAUCGGUAAAUUGAGACAGUACGCCGGUGAUCUACCGUUGGUCGCCGGAGAUUAUGGAGCUUCGGAAGGGUGGAUCGGCGCGAAUAUUAGACCGAAACGGCCGCCGGAAUCGGUGACUUUUGUUGUCCGGCCCGACAUCGGAUAUUUCGAAUUUAUUCCUAUGAAUGACGAGGAGGAGUCAUCUUGUCCGGUGGGAUUGACUGAGGUCGAAAUAGGGCGAGAGUAUGAGGUUGUCAUCACCAAUGUUGCAGGAUUGUAUCGAUACAAAUUAGGCGACAUAGUGAAGAUCAAGGGAUUCCACAACAGCACCCCAGAGCUGGAGUUCGUGUGCAGAAAGAACGUCGUGCUGACAAUAAACAUGGACAAGAACACCGAAAAGGAUCUCCAGAUAGCAACCGAAGAAGCUGCCCGGGUGCUGACCGCUGAGAAAUACGAGGUUGUCGACUUCACAAGCCGCGUUGACUUCUCGACGGAGCCGGCGCACUAUGUCAUCUUCUGGGAAGUCAGCGGCGACCCUGCUGAGGAGCUUCUCCAGGAAUGCUGCAACUGCUUGGACAUGGCAUUUAAGGAUGCAGGCUACGUCAGCUCCAGAAAAGUCAACACCAUUGGAGCUCUGGAGCUGAAGGUAAUGAAGAAAGGAACGUUCCAGAAGAUAAUGGAUCAUUACAUUGGGCUCGGGGCAGUCGUCAGCCAGUUCAAGACGCCGCGCUGCGUGGGUGCUGACAACACGGCCGUGUUGGGGAUACUGUGUGGGAAUGCUGUCAAGACUUUCUUCAGCACUGCAUUUUAGUUUAAUUUGGCUAUAUAUAUAUAUAUAUGUAUGUAUGUACGUAUUAUUGUGUUUUGAAUUAAUUAAUUUUCUCAGACAAUAUUGAUCAGGAUUCCAGAAAGCAUCGGUCAAGAGUUAAGAUAGCAUGUGCUGAAAUAAGGGUACGUGCUAUAUUUAGAAGGUAUGUUUUUUGGACUUUUGAAUCGAUGCUAGCUAUUUGGGGAAAUUAUUAUGGUGUUAUGUGCUUUAUAGGAGUUUGUCACAAUGGAAAGUCGGUUUGUCUUUGUGUCGUGAGCUUGUCUGUACAACAUGUUACACAUGCAGUCACAUGUAGUAGGAACGAAACACACAUAUAUACAUACAUAUGUAUAUAUAUAUAUAUGUGUAUGUGUGAAACUAAUGAGCAAAUGUGGCUUGAAGGUUUUCUUUU